AUGCCGCCCACCAGCUCGUCCGGCUUCCAAAACGCGGACCCCUUCAAGUUCGCCUCGCGGCGGAGCGUAGUCCACAGCACCGACGGCAUCGUCGCCUGCAGCCAGCCGCUCGCCGCGAAAUGCGGUCUCGACGUGCUCCGAGCAGGAGGCAACGCUGCUGAUGCCGCAGUGGCAGUUGCCGCCGGGCUCAACAUGACGGAGCCGUGCUCUACAGGCAUCGGCGGCGACAUGUUCAUCCUUUUCUGGGACGCAUCCGCCGGGCAGGUCAUGGCCAUGAACGGCUCUGGUCGCGCCGGCGCAAGGUCCACCCUUGCCGCCGUUCGCAACGGCCUCGACGUUCCCGACGACAAGCAUGAUGCCGAAAUCCCCAAGACCAGCGCUCUGGCUGUGACGGUGCCAGGCGCCGCGGCCGGAUGGGUCGACACCGUCGAGCGGUUUGGCAGCGGCAAGGUCGAUCUGGGGCGUGUUCUGGCCCCGGCCAUUGAGCUUGGCGAGAAGGGCUUCGCCGUGCACGAAGAUGCCGCUCACUGUUGGGCUGCUUCCGAAGCCCGUCUCAGGCAAGCGUCGCCCAACUUUGCAGAAAUGCUCAAAGUCGACCCCAACGCCGAGGCCGGCGUUCGCGCCCCCCGCGCGGGCGAAAUCAUGAAGAAUCCAACGCUGGCCAGGACGUUCCGCACCCUGGCCGACGAGGGCAAGAAGGGCUUCUACCGGGGCCGAAUCGCAAAGGCGCUUGUCGAGCUUGUCCAGAGUCUGGGCGGGCUGUUGGAGCUCGACGACCUCGAGCACCACUUGGAGGCAGGCAGCGAGCCCGCCGAGCCCAUUUCUCUCAAAUUCCGCGGCCAGGGAACUGACGGCGUCGAGCUCUGGGAACACCCGCCCAACGGCCAGGGGAUAAUUGCCCUGAUGGCCUUGGGUAUCAUCCAGGAGCUGGAGAAGCAGGGCAAGAUCCCGACCUUUGGGCCCGACGACUUCAACACGGCCCCGUACUUGCACGCCGUGAUCGAGGCCCUCAGGCUGGGCUUCGCAGAUGGCAGUUGGUUCGUCGCUGACCCCAACGUCACCAAGGUCCCCGUCCAGGGGCUCAUCUCGCAGGAAUACCUGGCGGAGCGAGCCAAGCUCUUUGAUCCAACGAGGGCCGUCCUCUCCCAUGAACACGGCAAUCCGCCCUUUGUUUCACCUGCCCUGUCCAGCAGCGACACGGUGUACUUUGCCGUCGCGGAUGCACAGGGCAACGCCGCGUCCUUUAUCAACUCCAACUACGCGGGCUUCGGGACCGGCAUCAUCCCCAAGGGGUGCGGCUUUACGCUCCAGAACCGCGGCUCUAACUUCUCCCUCAACCCGAAUCAUCCCAACAAGAUCGAGCCCAGAAAAAGGCCGUAUCACACCAUUAUUCCCGGCAUGGUGACCAACUUGCAGGACGGAUCGCUCCACUCGUCGUUCGGGGUCAUGGGCGGCUUCAUGCAGCCCCAAGGCCAUAUACAGGUCCUGCUGGGGCAGCUCGUCGGUCGACUCAACCCGCAGCAGGCUCUCGACGCCCCGAGAAUCUGCAUCGGCGGCGGGCUCCCCGAGAGCGGCGACGCCAUUGACUGGACGGUGAAUGUGGAACAAGGCAUGCCCGAGGAAACAGUCGAGGGGCUUAAGAGGCUCGGCCACAAGGUAAGCGUCGUGACCGGCACGGCGAGGGGACUGUUUGGACGCGGCCAGAUUAUACGCCACGUCGUUGACCCCGUGGACGGGACGCGGAUCUGGUCUGCGGGCAGCGACAUGAGAGCUGACGGCGCAGCAUACCCUUUGUAA